UCUCUCUCUCUCGUGAGACCUUCCACCCCUGUGUACACCAAGUUCUUCCAAGCUCCCAGCACCAUGGGCUGCUCUGGCUGUUCAGGAGGCUGUGGCUCCAGCUGUGGGGGCUGUGGCUCCACCUGCUGUGUGCCCGUUUGCUGCUGCAAGCCUGUCUGCUGCUGUGUGCCAGCCUGCUCCUGCUCCAGCUGUGGUGGAGGUGGCAAGGGAGGCUGUGGUUCCAGCUGUGGGGGCUGCAAGGGAGGCUGUGGCUCCAGCUGUGGAGGCUGCAAGGGAGGCUGUGGCUCCAGCUGUGGGGGCUGCAAGGGAGGCUGUGGCUCCAGCUGUGGGGGCUGCAAGGGUGGCUGUGGCUCCAGCUGUGGGGGCUGCAAGGGAGGCUGUGGCUCCAGCUGUGGGGGAUGCUGUCAGUCCAGCUGUGGCGCUGGCUGUGGGGGAUGCUGUCAGUCCAGCUGUGGCUCUGGCUGUGGGGGAUGCUGUCAGUCCAGCUGCUGCAAGCCUGUCUGCUGCUGCGUGCCAGCGUGCUGCUGCUCCAGCUGUGGGGGAGGUUGUGGCUCCAGCUGUGGGGGUUGUUGCCAGUCCAGCUGCUGCAAGCCCUGCUGCUGUCAGACCAGCUGCUGCAAGCCCUGCUGCUGCCAGUCUAGCUGCUGCAAGCCCUGCUGCUGCCAGUCUAGCUGCUGUGCCCCUGUUUGCUGCCAGUGCAAGAUCUGAUGCUCACCCCUUGGUUGCACCAUGAGACAGCCGAGAAAACACAGCAAUCAACAAGAUCCAGCCUCACUGCUAGCUCCCACCUGCCCUGCUCAUUCCUCAGCAUCCUUGCUGAUCUGCCAGGGCCGCGCACCAUCCGGGAACCAUGAUGUCUGCUUGGCCUGUUCUCUGCGCAGUCACCCAGGAAGCUUCCCUGACACAGGAGGCCUCCCAAUCCCCCCUCCUCCCUGGCUAAGGGGAGAUCACAAUGCAAAGGAACACAAAGGCCCAGCACACCACCCAGACACCCUGGAAAACCUCUGGCUCAUCUUCAAAGGAUCAUCUGCCCUGCCCCCAGAUGUUGGGCCAUUGGUGGAGAUUCCUGAGCUGCCCAGCAACAGCCCCCAUUCCCUGACGCCUAGGCUUUCUCCUCAAAAAUGUCCCCUACCCUCUCUUGGGCA